AUGUCCCUAUCCUGGACCAAUGAGCCCCCCAAGGGAAGGGUUCCUUAUGCAAUUCCCCAGCUGGAAGGCGAGCGCAUCACCAUUCCCGGCAGCAAGGGCUCCUUUCGCAUUCUGGCCUCGUCGCUGCAAACCAAUGGCUUGAUGUCGGUCUUCCAGAGUGGCGCUGUUCUCUCGGAUGCACCUGGAUUCCACUACCAUAACCAUGCACAUGAUGUCUUCUUGGUGACCAAGGGGUUCCUGAAGCUAUGGAAUGGCGACAAGUGCCGCAUCAUGGGGCCCGGAGACUUCGCUUAUGUGCCUCCUACCGUGAUUCAUAACCCAGAGAUGAUGGGUCCACACACCGAGACCUACGGAGUGGUCACACCCGGCGACUGGGUCGACUUCUUCCGAUAUGUUUCCGAGCGCUACGACGGAGUGCUGGUGCCGGAGCACGACGACCGCGAUCUCAAGUCCAUCCUGAUCCCGAAGGUGAUGGCUGCGAAGGAACAAUUCGACGUGGUAUUCCAGCCCCACUACCAGCCUCCGGAGCUCGGAGAAUGGACGAAGGAUGAGGAGGUCCUGCCUGAAAGCCCCCAGGGCUACUUCCUUCGGGCCAACACGGGGCCGAAAUGGAUGUUUGGCGGGGUGAUGUCCCGGCCGUUCGUCACCACCGCUCAGAGCAGCGGGGUCUGUGCUAUCUCCAGUAUCGAAUCCUCGAAAGUCUACGGUGAUACCAUUUUGUCCAAGUACAUGACCUUCAAAUCGGUGGAUCACUGUCUGUGCGUGCAGGAGGGCACGCUGAUCGUCAGCCUCGAGGGGCAGUCCGACACCGAGUUCCGCGAAGGGGAGACGGCCGUGAUUCCUGCUGGACAGGCAUUCGCGUUGAAGUUUGCCAGUCGCUUCGUGCGUGUCUGGUCGUUCACGGAUGGCGACGGUAUCGAGACAUUGAUCCACCGGGUCGGCCAAAAAUAUGAAGGCGCGGUGCUACCAGACGAGGUGCGCGAAUGGGACGCGGCGGACGUCAAGUCGGUGGUGGCUGACCUGAACAUGGAAAUUACACUAUGGAUGAUGCAACCUGAGGCUCGCCCAUCUCCCGCACCACCGGCUGCCGGGGAUGAGAAUCUCCCUCUGCCCCGGGCAAAGCGACCCCGCGCAGCCCAGGCCUGCGAGAGGUGUAGAUCUAAGAAGUACAAGUGCGAUGAACAAUAUCCUUGCUCUCACUGUAAGAAUUGCAUUGUUAAAGGGCGGAUCAGCUAUGUCGCAGAUCUAGAACGAAAGGUGGACGAGCUCACAACCAAGCUACGCUUGGCUGAGUCGGAAAUCACCUCGCAGCCACCGCAGAGAGUGAUUCCCACGACCUUCACAAGUCCCGGAGCAGCCCAACAACCGGUGGUCCCCCAAGCUGCUAUCGAUGCGACUCCCAUCUCCCUGCCCCGCAACGACUCCACUCCGCGGGAAGAAGCGCCGGCCCUCUACGAUCAUCAUGACGAGGCCGGGGACUCGGUCGGGGAUGAAAUCAGCGAACUGAAUCACCACACCAAUGGCAUCGAGUUCCACGGUAGCACCUCGUCGGCGGCCCUGCUCGGACACCUGCAGAAGGCGCGGGAGCCACAGCGACGCCUCGAGGAGCAGCAGCGGCAGCAGCAGCAGCAGCAGCAACAGCAUCAGCAGCAUCCCCGUGCUGAAAAGCCCGCCGCUGGGUACUCGAUCGUGUCGACGCUGCACAACCCAAGCUUCUCACCCUCGUGUACGGCGGGCCCGGCACAGCCGGUGGUUAUGCAGGAGCAGAACUAUUACUUCGAGCAGGCCCACGCGUUCAUCAACGGCUACUUUGAGAAUAUCCAUUUCAUCCACCCGCUCAUCGAUAAGGAGGACUUCUUGCAGCGAGCGCAUAAUCUGUGGUUCAACCGGAAUGCGCAGCCGGAACCCAGCUUUGUGGCUCUGUAUUUGAGUGUUCUUUCCUUUGGAGCCUUGGUGAGGGUGUGGGAUGAGGAGAGGCUCGGUGGGUUGACGAGGUUCGAGUGGAGCCGGAAACUGUUUGGCGAGGCCCAGAUGUAUCUGAAUUAUCUGCAUUUCUCGAAUACGCUGGACACAGUGCAGUGUCUGUAUCUUAUGGCGAAAAUUUGUCAGAAUGAACUGAACCCGAAUAUGGCCUACAUGUAUCUGGGGCUCGCCGUGCGUACGUGCCUGGCUGCUGGCUUCAAUCGGGAGGUGCGGAGCACAGACGAUCAUCGCGCUGGAUGGAUCUCGAAGACUUGGUGGGGCCUCUUUUCCUUGGAAAUUGAGAUGAGCUUCUCAGUCGGUCGUCCAGACACCUUAGGCAUGGACGAAUACCACAAUCGAGCUCUACCGGAAAGAGACGACUCUGAAUAUGCCAUCAUUCCUUGGAUGGUCGACUUCGCGCAGAUCAUUCGCCGAGUUUCCGUGCAGAUAUACCACUCACGGAUCACAUUACAAGAGAAGCUACACUUAGCUCUCCAGAUUGAGACUGAGCUCGACCGCUGGAUGGCGCGCUUACCGGACCGGCUCAAGCCCGACAUGAUGGAACGGGCAACCGGGGGUGCCUUGAGAGACCCUAAGUGGGCGCGUCGACAACGAUUAGUCCUGGGCUAUUUCAAUGUCAAAAUGCUUUUGUUCCGCCCCUUCCUGAGCCACUUCACCCGCAAACUCCGCCACCCGCCCAUGGAACUUGAACAGACUAUCGCCAAGUGCCUCGAUGCAGCCAUGAAAACCAUUGAGGUGAUCUACGAUAUUUACCGCAUCCAUGAAUUCUUCCGGUGUUGGUGGUACAACACAACGUAUGUCAUGUUCGCGACUUCCACUCUCCUUCUUCCCAUGUCCAAACUGGGCCCUUGCCCGGAGACCGUCCCGCUCCAGCGGUCCGUGGAGAUGGGCGUCGAGAUCCUUGAGGCGAUGGACGAAUCCAUCGUCGCCCGCAAGUCCGUCGAGAUUAUCAAACACUAUCUCCGGGAAUUCCGGUCAUUGCCAUCGUCCACUUCUCUGGCAUCUUCGACGAGUAGUCACGAUGGCGGUGGCAGCGGUGGUGGUGGUGAGAGUGGGGGCGGUGGGAGUGGCGGAGAGUAUGCGGAUACGAGUCCCAGUGGGACUGGUUUUGACAUUCCGGAAUGGGCCUACGGCUUCGGGUUCCCGGAUUGCUCCUUCGAAGGCAUAGCGAGGCUAUUUGACGAUCUGGGCGGGCUGCCGAUGCUGGAUAAUUGA